GAGGCCGACGUUGUGGCUGUCAGGACUACAGGAGUUACCGACAUGUCGUGGGACUUCUUUCUGCCUGUGUGCACAGGAGACCUGGUGAAGUCUGGUGGAAUCAACCAGUACGUCGUCCAAGAUGUGGUCUCCCCAAAACAGCUGCCUGCCAGUCUCAGUCGAUUCAAGGCAGCACUGAGAAGCCAGGGGCCUCUGUGUAUAUUGGAACACUUUGACACAUGCUACAGUGUGCUUCAGCACUGCAACUCAGUGGAGCUGGGAGUAAAAGAGGAUACUCUGGAAUUACUAGUACAGGUGGUUAAUGGCCUGGCUGCUACCCUGCCAGCACUCCUCAUGGCCACCUCAGUCUCGGCUGCAGAGCGCAAAGAGAAGCUUAAUGCGGUCAAGAUGAGCGUCUUCCUGAUCUGCAAGCUCACAGAGACGCUUGAGGUCUUUUCUUGUAGGCAGAGCAUCGUCACCGCACCUGGGAAGGGUGGUAAAAAAGGUAAAGCUGGUGGAGAGGGACUCAUGCAGUGGGAUACAGAGAGGGAGAAGGUGCUGCAAGCACUUGUCCAGCUCCUCCAGCUGGAUAUCCGUUCUCUCUGGAACCUCUCCCUGGUGGAGGAAGAAUUCAUCAGCUGUGUGACCUGCUGCUGUUACAAAGUUCUUGAGAACCCAACCAUCAGUCAUGUCAAGAGCAAACCCACCAGAGAUUGUAUAAUCCACCUAUUGGGUGUAUUAAUCAAGAAGUACAACCACCUCAUUGGUGCAAGUGUAAAGGUGAUCCAGUUACUGCAACACUUCGAGCAGUUGUCAUCUGUUUUUGCCCAGGCAGUGUCUGUGUGGAGCACCGAAUAUGGAGUCAGGUCUAUCAUAGGAGAAGUAAUAAGGGAGAUAGGUCAGAAGUCCAGUGAGGAGCUCGCCAGAGAGGGGUCAGGGGUCAAAGCCUUUUCUACCUUUCUCUCGGAACUCAGCGGCCUGGUGCCUGAAUUAAUGAUCCCCAACAUAAGUGUGCUGAUCACACACCUGGAAGGAGAGAGCCACACAAUGCGUGUUGCAGUGUGUGAAGUGCUGGGAGACAUCCUUGUGCGGGUCCUGUGUGGAGACGGCCUUGAUGAAUCUGGUAAAGCCGACCGUGACCGAUUCUUUGACACGCUGCAGGAACAUCUGCAUGACACACACUCCCAUGUCAGGGCACGUGUGUUGCAGGUGUACACAAGAAUCGUCAACAGCAAGGCACUGCCCCUGUGUAAGUACAGCGAGGUGAUGGAGCUUGCUGUGGGACGACUGAUGGACAAAUCUAUAAACGCAGUGAAGAGUGCUAUCCAGCUGUUGGCCGCCUUCAUAGCACACAACCCCUACAGCUGCAAGUUGAGCAGCGCAGAUCUGAAGAUACCACUGGAAAAAGAGACGGUUAAACUCAGAGCGAUGAAAGAGAAACUGGAGGGGAAAGCACCAGUGGCCGUGAUUAAAGCAUCUGAGCUGUGGGCCGCGAUGGAGCCUGAGCUGCUCAUCACCGUUGGGACGGAGCUGGAACCCUCGAGUGACACGGAGAAGGAUCAGCAGGAAGACGAGAACGACCAAGAUGUGGAAGAAGAAAAAGUGGCUGAAGACGACAGGAGUACUGCAGUGAUGAUUGCUCAGUACCUCCGGGUCAACAAAUACAGGAAUGCUGUACGUCUUUGUAUCAAGGCUCACAGCUGCUUCCCUGAGUCUGAGAGGUUUGCAUCUCUGUCCACUGUUACCCCUGAGACUCUAAUGGAAACCCUGGCUCUGAUUUUCAAAGGCUCUGACGAGGACGCCGCUGAGCUCAGCCAGAACUUGCCACCUACCCCACAGAAAGAGGGGGAGAAAGAGGGGGAGGACGGGGAGCUGAAGAAGCAGGAGAUGUUGGUGCAGUAUCUGAAAGAUACAGAGACCUUCGCCUUACAAGUGGAGAGAGCCAUCUCGGUUAUCAACACGAUGCUCUACAUGAAAACCACUUCAGUGGUUCAGGAGGCUGUGCAGUUCUGUGUGACAGUGUGUGAGUUCAGCGUUGCCAACUCUGUCAGUGGUGUGAGGAAGAUGUUGCCUCUCGUCUGGUCAACUGACACUGCCAUUAAAGAUGCUGUCGUUCAAGCAUACAGGCGCCUUUAUCUGAACCCACAGGGAGACAACAUCAGGAUGAAAGCUCAUACUCUGGUGGACAGUCUUUCUGAGCUGAUGGUGGACGCUUCUCUGGGAACAAUCCAGUGUCUUGAGGAAAUAGUCCAGGAAUUCUUUGGCGGUGGCAGCAACCUCCAGUCCACUGUAGUGCAGGUCCUGUGGGAGAGGUUUACUGGGAAACGAGAGACGUCUGGCUUAAACAGGCGAGCGGCCGUGUUAUUGCUGGGCAUGGCUACACGGGCAGAGAGGGAGGUGGUGCUCAGUAACCUGGACACUCUUUGUUCCGUGGCUCUUGGAGAAAAAGUGACUGAAGACUUCCUUCUGGCCAGAGACACAGUUAUAACCAUCUGCAGUAUCACUGACCACAUCAGGCAAUCCAAAGGUGCUCCAUUCAGACUUCCACAGGACCAUCAGCUCUUCACCUGCCUCACACAGGCCCUCGCUGAAGGUGUGGUGAUGGAGGACCCUUACUGGCAGGGCUUUAUGGAACAGGCUGUCCGUCUCAUCUACUUCCUGGCUGAGUCUCCUGACCAGCUGUGCUCCCGGCUGGUGCAGCGCAGCGCUCGCCUCCUCCUAGAUCAGAUUGCAGAAGGUGGGGAAGUCAACAAAGAUUCUGGACAGACUCUAGAUGGAUCUCAGGAGUCCAGUGAGCAAUGUGAACAAGUGAACUGUGUGUGUCUGGCCCAGCUGUUGGCUCUGACUGGCUGCGUGGCCUUCUGGCAGGUGUCUCACCUUGAGCGCAGUGUGAGCGCUGAGCUCCGGAGGAGGAGAGGAGAGACCGAGGAGAGGGAGGAGAAGGAAAAGGUCCCAUCCAGCAAAGCUAAACAGCAAUCAGCCAAUGAGAGUGCCAUGGAGGAGGAGCUUGGGUUGAUGGGCGCUUCUGCUGAAGACACAGAGGCUGAACUCAUCAGAAAGAUCUGCGAGACUGAAUUACUGGCGGACGAGAACCUGCUGUGUGCAUUUCUUCCCCUGCUGGUGAAAGUCUGCAGCUCUCCGGGACGCUAUUCCCACCCACAGCUCACCACUGCUGCCUGUCUGGCACUCUCACAGUACAUGAUGAUAAGCCCAUCGGUGUGCCAAGAGAACAUCCGUCUCAUAUUUACAGUGCUGGAGCGAUCUACUCUUCCUGUCGUCAGGGCCAAUGCCCUAAUAGCCCUCGGAGAUCUCACUGUGCGAUUCCCAAACAUUCUGGAGCCCUGGACACAGAAUCUCUACGCCAGACUCAGCGACGAGGUUCCUUCAGUAAGGCAGACAGCUGUGACAGUUCUUACUCAGUUGGUGCUUAAGGAUGUGCUCAAGGUCAAAGGUCAAGUCAGCGAGGUGGCUGUGCUGCUAAUUGACCCUGAGUCCCACAUUACCAGCCUGGCCCUGAACUUCUUCAACGAGUUGGCCACCAAGGACAAUGCGAUUUACAACCUGCUCCCAGACAUCAUCAGUCGCCUGUCCGAUCCAGAGAGAGGAAUGAGCUCCGAGGACUUCAACACCAUCAUGAAACAGUUGUUCUCCUACAUCACAAAAGAAAGACAGACUGAGUCUCUGGUAGAGAAACUGUGUCAGCGCUUCAGAACUGCCAAGACUGAGCGUCAGUGGUGCGACUUGGCCACAUCUCUGUCUCUGCUGUCUAUGUGUGAGCGUGGCUUUAAGAGGCUGCAGGAGUGCUGGGAGUGUUACAGUGACAAGUUGACCGAGCCUGGAGUUUACCAGCCUCUGCUCUCCAUCACUGCCAAACUCCGCCGCGGGGCCAAAGCCCUGUUUAAGGCUCAGGUAGAUGAGUUCGAAAAGCGACUGACAGCGGUUCACACACGGGGUCUGGAGAAUGUAGAGAGCCCAGAGAUGGACGAGGAAAACCAAAAGCAAGGCUCCUCUGAGAAGACGGUCUCACGUACGCCUUUGCCCACCAGAGGCCGCACGAGGAGCAAGAGAGGUCAAGCGAAGCCAUCCUCUUCUACCUAUGGUGACGAGAGUUUUGUGACGCCUCAGAAAUCUCGCAAGUCCAAGAAACCUGUGAUCACCUUCAGCAGUGAUGAAGAGGAGGAUGAGGAGGAUGCUGUAAUGGCGGAGAGUGAGACGCCCAAAGUGACGACACCCAUCGCCCGCACAUCCAGACGAGCUCGCCUCAGAAACUGAAGCUCUUUUUUUUUUUUUUACUUUUUUGUCUAACUUCUGUCUUUUUAAUCUUUUAAUCUGUAAUGAAAUCUUUCAAGCAUUUCUACAUGUUUUUACCUUUUUAAUUUUUGUAUAUUUUAAGAUCCUUUUAAUUCAAACCAAGAUACAGUAGUCUGACGUUUGUAACAGCAUAAACUCAGGACCUCCAUAAUAAACCAUUUUGUGUUUUGA